AUGUCUGUUCUUUCGACCCUAGAGGGGGUCUUCUCAACGGUGUUCUCCAACAUCUUCAUCCAACUUCCUUAUCCCGAAGGUGAUCUCAACGGACAGACAGUCAUCGUAUCCGGUUCAAACCAAGGACUCGGUCUCGAGGCCAGCCGCCACCUGUUGCGCCUAGGUGUGGAGAAGUUGAUCAUGGCCGUACGCGAUCUGAAGAAAGGCGAGGCUGCGAGACAAGAACUAUUGAAAUCCACCGGCCGCGAAGAAAGCUCAGUCGAGGUGUGGCUGCUGGACAUGGAUAGCUAUGCCUCGGUCAAAAGCUUUGCUAGCCGUGCUGCUGUUCUACCGCGCCUUGAUGCUCUGUUAGCGAAUGCCGGGCUGGCUACCAAUACAUUUAUUGUAUCGGAGGAGGACGAGAGAACCAUCACCGUCAACGUGGUCAACACCUUCUUGCUUGUUGCCUUACUGGUUCCCAAACUGCGAGAUUCAGCUUCCAAGUUCAAUAUCACACCUCGCAUCACCAUCCCAAACUCGGCUCUGCAUUAUAUCGCUUCUCUUGGACAACUGGAUCCUCAUUACAAGAGCAGUAUUUUCGAAUCGCUCAACAACAAAGAGACUACCAAUAUGAUGGGUCGAUAUCCACUGUCAAAGCUGCUGGUAUUGUUCGGCGUGCGUGCAUUUGCGUAUCAGUUUGCACGGAGUAAAGCGCCACUGAUUAUCAUCAACACGCCAAACCCUAGCUUCUGCAAGUCUCAAUUGACGAGGGAAACAGACAGUGCCGGUCUCCGCAUUGGUGAAAAGCUGUUGGCUCGUAGUACGGAGGAAGGAAGUCGUGCUUUGAUACACGCGAUCAUGGCUGACGAGAAAAGCAAUGGGCAGUAUCUGACAAACUGUCAGGUUCACAGUCCAUCUUGUAUCGUGACUGAUGGAAAGGGAGUUAUGUUUCAGAAAGCCUUUUUCGCAGAGUUGGUUGCCAAGUUGGAGAAGAUUGCACCAGGCGUGACCACUUGUUUUUGA